AAAAAUAUGUAAGAUAUUUGUUAAUGGCAAAAAGCAAGGUAGGGGAAAAUAUAUAUAGUAUGCUAGAAUUGUUAAAAAUACAUGUAUAUGUAUAUGUGUCUGCAUUGACUCUCUGGGAGAGUACACAAGAAACUAGUAAAUGUGAUUGGCCAGGGACAGGGGAUGAAUGGAGCUUGGGAAGCUGUGGGACAGGGUUGAGAGGAGGAUGUUCUAGGCUCAUCUCAAAAGUAUACUGUGUAUACUUUUGUAUCAUUUGAGUUUCAUAUCAUGUGCAGGGAUUAGCUAUUUAAAAAGUAAAUAAAAUAAUUUUUUAAAUGUUUAAGUAAGAAUCCCGAGAGACAGAGACAGAAUGAUCUUUGUGCCCUGAGCACAGACUAAAUAUUCAUGGGGUAGAGGCACAUGAACCACGAGUCAGGAGAAUUUUGAUUGUGUGCUUCUUUAGAAAUAUGCCCUUAUGGAAUUAUGGAAUUCCAAGAUGAGAAAGUAUAAGAGAUCCCCGGACCAGCUUAUCCUUUGUGGCAGAGGGAAGGACAGUCUGAGAAUAACCAUUUGCUAAGGAAAGAUCUGUAAAGAGUCCCCAGACAUACAUUAAGAUAUGAAUGCUGAAAGAGAGAAGUGUUGGAGCUGGUUAGCAACUCCAGACACUCCCUGUCAUCAGUCCAACAUGCUGGAUCCUGCCUUUGUUGCUGGUGAGUGUCUUCCACACCUACUCUCCUCGCUUCCAGCCCAGACCUCAUUCAGAGGAACCCAGCAGGUGUCUGCAGUGUGGCUGCUUCAUCUGACCUUCGGGAAUCUAGGGACAGCGCCCAAGGGCCUAGCUAACUGACCGUGAUCUCUGCCUUGCUGUGACCCAGAGCUGCUCUUCUUGCAGGCUACAGGAUAUCAGGUUGAUUGACUUAUGUGCAAUUUGGGACGCUGGAGUUUACCUUCCCUCUGCAGGCUGGAACGGAGCCUCCUCUGGUGUUGCAAGGAGGAGGCUGAAUGAGGCAGAGAGGCUGAGUUCUGUCCGGGAGGCCCAGUUAAAGCGGCUCAAGGUGACAAGACCCCGAGUGCUGGGGAGCAGGGAGCGGGGCCGGGUGCCGAGGAUGGCCAGGCAGCCACCGCCGCCCUGGGUCCAUGCAGCCUUCCUCCUCUGCCUCCUCAGUCUUGGCGGAGCCAUCGAAAUUCCUAUGGAUCCAAGCAUUCAGAAUGAGCUGACGCAGCCACCGACCAUUACCAAGCAGUCAGUGAAGGAUCACAUCGUGGACCCCCGUGAUAACAUCCUGAUUGAGUGUGAAGCAAAAGGGAACCCUGCCCCCAGCUUCCACUGGACACGAAACAGCAGAUUCUUCAACAUUGCCAAGGACCCCCGGGUGUCCAUGAGGAGGAGGUCUGGGACCCUGGUGAUUGACUUCCGCAGUGGCGGGCGGCCAGAGGAAUAUGAGGGGGAAUAUCAGUGCUUCGCCCGCAACAAAUUUGGCACAGCCCUGUCCAAUAGGAUCCGCCUGCAGGUGUCUAAAUCUCCUCUGUGGCCGAAGGAAAACCUAGACCCUGUCGUGGUCCAAGAGGGUGCUCCUUUGACGCUCCAGUGCAACCCCCCGCCUGGACUUCCAUCCCCGGUCAUCUUCUGGAUGAGCAGCUCCAUGGAGCCCAUCACCCAAGACAAACGUGUCUCUCAGGGCCAUAAUGGAGACCUGUACUUCUCCAACGUGAUGCUGCAGGACAUGCAGACCGACUACAGUUGCAACGCCCGCUUCCACUUCACCCACACCAUCCAGCAGAAGAACCCUUUCACCCUCAAGGUCCUUACCACCCGAGGAGUUGCAGAAAGAACACCCAGCUUCAUGUAUCCCCAGGGCACUGCGAGCAGCCAGAUGGUGCUUCGUGGCAUGGACCUCCUGCUGGAAUGCAUCGCCUCCGGGGUCCCAACACCAGACAUCGCGUGGUACAAGAAAGGUGGGGACCUCCCAUCUGACAAGGCCAAGUUUGAGAACUUUAAUAAGGCCCUGCGUAUCACCAAUGUCUCUGAGGAAGACUCCGGGGAAUAUUUCUGCCUGGCCUCCAACAAGAUGGGCAGCAUCCGGCACACGAUCUCGGUGAGAGUAAAGGCUGCUCCCUACUGGCUGGAUGAACCCAAGAACCUUAUCCUGGCUCCUGGCGAGGAUGGGAGACUGGUGUGUCGAGCCAACGGAAACCCCAAACCCACUGUCCAGUGGAUGGUGAAUGGGGAACCUUUGCAAUCGGCACCACCGAACCCAAACCGUGAGGUGGCCGGAGACACCAUCAUCUUCCGGGACACCCAGAUCAGCAGCAGGGCCGUGUACCAGUGCAACACCUCCAACGAGCAUGGCUACCUGCUGGCCAAUGCCUUCGUCAGUGUGCUGGAUGUCCCGCCUCGGAUGCUGUCGCCUCGGAACCAACUCAUUCGAGUGAUUCUUUACAACCGGACGCGGCUGGACUGCCCUUUCUUUGGGUCUCCCAUCCCCACUCUGCGAUGGUUUAAGAAUGGGCAAGGAAGCAACCUGGAUGGUGGCAACUACCAUGUUUAUGAGAAUGGCAGUCUGGAAAUUAAGAUGAUCCGCAAAGAGGACCAGGGCAUCUACACCUGUGUCGCCACCAACAUCCUGGGCAAAGCUGAAAACCAAGUCCGCCUGGAGGUCAAAGACCCCACCAGGAUCUACCGGAUGCCUGAGGACCAGGUGGCCAAAAGGGGCACCACGGUGCAGCUGGAGUGUCGGGUGAAGCAUGACCCCUCCCUGAAACUCACCGUCUCCUGGCUGAAGGAUGACGAGCCGCUCUAUAUUGGAAACAGGAUGAAGAAGGAAGAUGACUCCCUGACCAUCUUUGGUGUGGCAGAGCGGGACCAGGGCAGUUACACGUGUGUUGCCAGCACCGAGCUAGACCAAGACCUGGCCAAGGCCUACCUCACUGUGCUAGCUGAUCAGGCCACUCCAACUAACCGUUUGGCUGCCCUGCCCAAAGGACGGCCAGACCGGCCCCGGGACCUGGAGCUGACCGACCUGGCCGAGAGGAGCGUGCGGCUGACCUGGAUCCCUGGGGACGAUAACAACAGCCCCAUCACAGACUACGUUGUCCAGUUUGAAGAAGACCAGUUCCAACCCGGGGUCUGGCAUGACCAUUCCAAGUACCCUGGCAGCGUUAACUCAGCCGUCCUCCGGCUGUCCCCAUAUGUCAACUACCAGUUCCGUGUCAUUGCCGUCAACGAGGUUGGGAGCAGCCACCCCAGCCUCCCGUCCGAGCGCUACCGAACCAGUGGAGCACCCCCCGAGUCCAAUCCUGGUGACGUGAAGGGAGAGGGGACCAGAAAGAACAACAUGGAGAUCACGUGGACGCCCAUGAAUGCCACCUCGGCCUUUGGCCCCAACCUACGCUACAUUGUCAAGUGGAGGCGGAGAGAGACUCGAGAGGCCUGGAACAACGUCACAGUGUGGGGCUCUCGCUACGUGGUGGGGCAGACCCCGGUCUACGUACCUUAUGAGAUCCGAGUCCAGGCUGAAAAUGACUUCGGGAAGGGUCCGGAGCCAGAAUCUGUCAUCGGUUACUCCGGAGAAGAUUUACCCAGUGCCCCCAGGCGUUUCCGAGUCCGGCAGCCCAACCUGGAGACAAUCAACCUGGAAUGGGAUCAUCCAGAGCAUCCAAAUGGGAUCAUGACUGGAUACACUCUCAAAUACGUGGCCUUUAACGGGACCAAAGUAGGAAAGCAGAUAGUGGAAAACUUCUCUCCCAAUCAGACCAAGUUCACGGUGCAAAGAACGGACCCCGUGUCACGCUACCGCUUUACCCUCAGCGCCAGGACGCAGGUGGGCUCUGGGGAAGCCGUCACGGAGGAGUCACCAGCACCCCCGAAUGAAGCUACUCCAACCGCAGCUCCUCCCACAUUGCCCCCGACUACCGUGGGUGCGACGGGCGCUGUGAGCAGUACCGAUGCUACUGCCAUUGCUGCCACCACCGAAGCCACAACAGUCCCCAUCAUCCCAACUGUCGCACCUACCACCAUCGCCACCACCACCGUCGCCACAACUACUACAGCCACUGCUGCCACCACCACCACGGAGAGUCCUCCCACCACCACCUCCGGGACUAAGAUACACGAAUCCGCCCCCGAUGAGCAGUCCAUAUGGAACGUCACGGUGCUCCCCAACAGUAAAUGGGCCAACAUCACCUGGAAGCACAAUUUCGGGCCCGGAACUGACUUUGUGGUUGAGUACAUCGACAGCAACCAUACGAAAAAAACUGUCCCAGUUAAGGCCCAGGCUCAGCCUAUACAGCUGACAGACCUCUAUCCCGGGAUGACAUACACGUUGCGGGUUUAUUCCCGGGACAACGAGGGCAUCAGCAGUACCGUCAUCACCUUUAUGACCAGUACAGCUUACACCAACAACCAAGCGGACAUCGCCACCCAGGGCUGGUUCAUUGGGCUUAUGUGCGCCAUCGCCCUCCUGGUGCUGAUCCUGCUCAUCGUCUGUUUCAUCAAGAGGAGUCGCGGCGGCAAGUACCCAGUACGAGAAAAGAAGGAUGUUCCCCUUGGCCCUGAAGACCCCAAGGAAGAGGAUGGCUCGUUUGACUAUAGUGAUGAGGACAACAAGCCUCUGCAGGGCAGUCAGACAUCUCUGGACGGCACCAUCAAGCAGCAGGAGAGUGACGACAGCUUGGUGGACUAUGGCGAGGGUGGCGAGGGCCAGUUCAAUGAAGACGGCUCCUUCAUCGGCCAGUACACCGUCAAAAAGGACAAGGAGGAAACAGAGGGCAACGAAAGCUCAGAGGCCACGUCACCUGUCAAUGCUAUCUACUCUCUGGCCUAACGGAGCCCACCCAGGCACAGCCACCACUUUGCAAGUGGGAGGAGGGGAGAGGGGGAAACUAAACCACUGCAGACCUACCACAAAGCCACCACCACCUUCAGUAACAAGGGUACGAUAUGGGGGUCUGCCAAGCUGUGAGGAUCAGUGACCACCAAGCCACCCAUAAGCCCCCUCCCAAUGACCCCCCUUCAGCCCCGGGUGCCACCAGUGUGGGAGAGCUGGAGCCGUGGCUGAGCUCAGCUAGAGGGAGCCUGGCCCCUUGCCCAGUCUCACAGCCACCCCCGAGCGUUCCACCACACUGCCCGCCCUUGGCCUCGGCACAUGCUCACCGUUUCUGUUGGUUACAGGACUUCUCAUUGUCUUAAUUUUGCUUUGUGCAUCUUCCCCUCCAGACCCGAUGUCUCCGUUUUCUUUUCCUUUUGAAAAAGUGUUCCUGGAAAAGAAAGAAAAAGUAGAUUCUCCCCCAGGAGACCACAAAGAUAGGCAAAAAGGAUUGAAUCCGUACCAGAACAUGUAGACAGGCUGUAAUAUUCAAACCACCUCUGGGUCAAUGUAUUUCCGAAGGAUGCCUUUCUCGCCAUAUGCCUCCCCUGGCUCCCAACCCCUCUGCCUCGGCCUUGUCAGUUGCUGAGCUGGGCUUGGCUCUUUUCUGGAAAAUGACAGUAUUUUUGGCAGGGAGAGGGUGUGCAGGCCUCCUUGCUGCUCUCUGGUUCGGUUGGGAGGUGUGUUUACCUCUUGCUCCUCAUUCCCCCCCUGCCCUUUUCUCUGGUGUAUCUAAGAUGUGAGCUGCACUGACUCUGAAGAAGUUUGAGGAACAGGAGUGAGCACUGAUAGGAAGGACUUCAACGCCAGUGACUGUGUACCUCAAGCAGAAGAAAAUCAAGUGUCUGGUCUUGGGGGAACUCUGCUUACCUCUAGAGAGAAGAAAAAGGCUGGGUUUGGACUUCCUUCCUCCCCACUGGUGAAACCCAGGAUGUAGAUAGAGGGCCACACCCACUCUGUCCCAGAGGGCACCUGUCCACGUGGCUGGGGCCCACGCUGCCACCCUGGAGGAGAUGGAAUGCUGUGAUGCAAAAGCUUUGCUGGUGCGUUUGGGGCAUAAGGCGCUGCUCCCCUUCCACCUCUAGCAGAUAGAUAUCAUCUUCUCAGCCAAUUCUGUAGGACACUGAGGCUUUUGUUUGACAUGGUAUGUGGAUGGGGACUUGCCCCAAGACUGAGCCAGUCUGCCCUUUCAUUGGGGUGUAUACAUAUCAGGGGACCUGCGGUGGCACCGUACUCAGUGCUGUGAUGCCCCCACCUGGGGAGGACUCAAUGCUCUUUGUAUGCCUUAUGCAGCGCUGAUCUGCCCCUGGAGUUCCCAGGUUCCCAGCCCCUCCCUGCAAGCCUUGAAGCCUCCAGCGAUGUCCGUGUCCAGGAGAGCAGGGCAGCCUAUGCAAGUGUUCCGGCAGGACCAGAAGCGGCCACCCAACACACGUCCUCACCAGUCACCCCAAAUGGAGACACUCGCAGACCUGCAGUUGUCAGACGGAAGGUGCUGCCUUCAUCCUCCCCACCUAAUGCAUUUUUGAAACCAAAGGUACCUAGCCUCAGAGACAGAGAAGGAGAGGGGGAGAUCUUGAGUCUAAGAGGAACCCUUUAGCUGUUUCUGUAGCUCCGGUCAGUUUCAGGAGGGUGAAGCUGAUCCCCAGGAACGAAUCAGCUGCCAUGGGCACAGCCUCUGAUUUGAGCCUCCAGCUGCUAGCCAGGGGGCCUGGGCCGGACCAGGGCUCUGUCCUUCAGUGACUUUAUUAAAGCAUCAUUUGCCACAUGUUUAAGCCGCAAAGGUAUUAGCAAUGCUUGCAUCAUUAAUAAUCAUUCAGUUGAAGGUCAAGCCCAUAGACACACACUCUCUGUCUGCUGGUAAGAAAUCAUAGCCCAGAACUGAGCCAAUAAGGCUGUUUGAACCUGAGAGUGUGUGAUGGUCAUUUGGGCCAAGCCUCAGCCAGGGCUGCUGCCUGGACGCCUGAGGGGCAGCUUAUCACAGUGCAAGGGGACAGGGUAAACAGCAGGGGGUGGGGCGUGAGCUUGGAGGGCCCCUCCCCUGGCUUUCCUCCAACACCUGCUUGGAUACUAGGCCCACUGUCCCUGAAGGGAAUGUCAGGGAAGUGUGCCUGUGAGCUGAAUUAAAGGACUGGCCUUUCCAGAAAACGCUUUGGAUCUGAGCAGAGUAGUCAGUUUCUCAGACACUCAUUCCAUACUGCACCGUACAUGCCAGUGAACUCACUGCACCGAAAGCAGGCUCUUAGGGCAGGAAGGGACGGUGAGCAAGUCUGCCACACCACCUGGUGACUGGGAAGGCUGCUUCCCUCGUAAGGGUCUUGGGGAGAAGUAAGCCCACAGCCUGCCUCUGCACCUCGUUCCAGUGUCCUGUCAGGCUCUGCACUGUCCUUUGUGUAUGAAGAAAAUGCUAUUAGCCCUCUCUCAGGCUACUGUUCUGUGGGUGCUGAGAGCUACCCCCCAUCACCAUGCAAUCACACCCGUCUGAGCAGAAGCAAAUCUGAGGCUGAAGAAUUAAGUUUUCCCCAAGCAAGGAAGGCAGGUGGUCAGAGAGAUCAAACGCUGCUGGCGUGGGGAUUGCAGGAUACAGGAGGCAGCCCCUUUGGGGAAGAGGAGAGUGCGUUUUCCGUGGAGCCCGUGUCAGAGUCCAGCCCAGCUCAGCACGAAAGCAGAAUUGCCCAGCACUCCCUGCCAGCUGGGUCUCCCAAGCAACUACCCCAAGACAUACCAACAAUGAAGCCAGGACAGCACCAUUACCAUCGGCACUCCAGUUUGGCUGGCUGGGAGGAAAGUGCUGGGCAUCUUACAGUAACUCUAGAAGUUCCUUUGACUGGGCUGCAAUCCCACCUGUGUGCUCAGCCCUAAGAGCUGUAGUUUCCUGUGCUGUCAUUUGUUCAUUCAUUCGUUCAUUCAUUCAUUCAUUCAUUCAGCAAAUACUCUGAAAUCCAGUCUGAACUAAGGCCUGAGCUGUGGAUACCAUGGCGUGUGAGUUAGAUGUGGUCCCUGCCCUCACGGGGCUGACAGUCCUGAAAUCAAGUGCUGGGACACAGUGGCCAUUGAGUUGGGAGCAUUCUUCCCUCUAUUGCUUAAGCCACUGAUGGCUAUGAGCUUGAAGAGAGGGAUUCUGAGGGAGAAUUUCGUCCAUCUGGUCACCAAGGCUGGGCAGGACAAAGCAGUCAAGAACCAUGGUGUGGCUUGAAAAACAGUCCUGCUUCCUGAGCCUCUUUGCUCUGCCUCUUGGGGCCAAGGGUUAGUCCACAUCCAGGUUGCAUGAGAUGAGAUGCAAAGGGCUCUGUGUGGGUGAGGAACGCAAGUUAGAGGAGCAGGAGAGGCCACCAGGGUUGGGACCUAUUUAGGUAAUCCCUGUUGGCAGCACCUAGAGAGAGCAUCUGAGCCAAAGGAGUGGGAAACUCUGCCCCAGCAAUGGCACGGGCUGCAGUCUCUUUCUGGCGCCCUGUGCUGGAGCAGGGCCAAGUCUUAGGGCAUCACGAACAGCCCAUUUGAUGGAAGGAGCAGGGAUGUAGCACAUUUUUGUCUGUCUUUGUGAGGCUGCUUUGCUAACUCUCUGAGGAGAGGAAGCCUCUCAGGCUUUCCGUGGGCUGGGGCUGGUGCCAGAGAAUCCCUUCUCAGUGGGAAGGCAGCAGGUUCCUGGGAGGCCGGCACAGGGCACCGCUCCCCGCUCCUGACACCUUGGUGCAGACUGACUUCCUGCCCAGUCACCACUCCGGCCAGCCCCGCCAAACACACACAAGCUCAUGGUUGCGGUUGGGUCUAUCCCGUUAGUUGGCAAAGGAUCCUGCUUGAGCUCUGCGUAGUAGCCGAGGAGUAGCAUUGAGGAGGGCCCUGAUUGUUUAAAAAAAAAAAAAAUAGGCCUCAAAACAAUGAAACAAAGAGCUUGAUGUGUCAGGAGGAGACCAAGGCCCUGGGAGGCAUAGGCAAGCCGGGCAGAGUCAGACCAGCACCCUCCCUUGACCAUCUCCUAGCAUUCCCCUCCCUUAACCUAGACAGAGGCUACCCCAUGUGAGUUCAAGCCAGACUUUGUGGCUGUCCCCAGCCUGCACAGCCCAAGCCCAGGGAAGUGUCCUUUCUUUCCCUUCCUUACUAAUAAUGGGCCUUCCUGAGACACAUUCAGAGAGGGAUCAGAGAGAAAGGAGAACCAUCCAGGAGAGCCACAAGCACCCACCAAACAGUGUCUCAAGCCUCACCUGAAACUGCUGUUCUUCCUGUCAGCAUACUAGUAUUAAAUGGGUGUUCCAUAACGAGAAGAAUGGAAAUGAAAUACGUACAAAGGCAUCUAGCUUAGGACCAGAAUCGGAUUUCAGCAUGUGAAGGAAUCCCAGAGCUGAUCUCAUUGAAAUGAUUUAUUGUACAGACAAGGAUAUGCAAAUCCACAGAAGUGAAGGGAUUUUUGCUCAAGAUCACAUAGCUGGUAAACUAAGGUAAAGUUAGGGCUUGAACUUGGGCCUUCUGACUCCUUGUCCAGUGUUCUUUCAUCUCACCACAGCUGCCUCCUUUGAAACAGAGGUAUUAAGAUCUAUCCUUCUGGUUCACCCUCUCAUACCUCUUUACUGCCUCUCCCACAUCCCCCACAUGCCCCCAAAAUGAAAGACGAACAGGAUUUUUUCUUAGACCAAGAUCAGUCUGUUGAUCAGCCUGUGGUUCACCCAGCCAUGCAAUUAAGGGCAGACCUGGGCCAGUGGAAUAGAAUAGCUGAUUGGUGUUUGUUACUGUGAACCCUAGACUGUACCCCCUAGAAUGGUGUCUCUUGCUUUGUAACACAUCGGGCCUUCAGCGUGCUGUAUUCCUCAGAAGUGAGGGCAUCUCUGUCCAUUCUGCCCAUGGCCAGAGGGUGCAGAGAGGCAGCAGGGCCCAUGCAAGCUGCCACCCUGGGAUUUGCUGGGCUGGAGUUCAACAGAUGUAAAGACUUCGGUGAAGCAAUAAACACAAAACUCUGGGAGAAGAUAUCCAGAAUUUUGUGCACUACUCUGUUUCUUUUUCAAAAAUGAGGCAGAUCAGAUGUCCCUGAGCUGCCCCUUUUUUUUUGAUUCCCCACUGCAGUGUCCUCAGUCAGUGUUGUCCCUCUGCCCGGCUCCCCAGCUCUUUGCCAACCUCUUCACACUCCCCUUGAGCUGAGCAUCAGUCACCUGUGACGUGGCCACCUUCUGUCCUGCUCCCACUCCCGACCCAUGCUGGACCCCGGAGGACCUCCUGCCCUGCCCCUACCACACACCCAUAUCCCCCACCAUUCCAAUUUGUUCUUUCCCGUGCGGAAUUUUUUUCCCCAACGUCUCCAUCCAUUCCUACAUAUCCACACACGCACAAAUUGGUCUGAUCUUUUUUCCAUUGGUUAAACAUUUAACUCCAUGCCAGACCUUGUUUUAACCCCUCUCACAUCAUGUUCUUUCCUUUUUUGCGAGUUAUUUUGCAUUAACCAACUUUGUCAGUGACAGAUGCGUAUCUGAGGGUGUCACGCACGACCUUCAGCAGGGAAGACUUCUGGGCCAUGGAGGACCGUCUAAUACAUGGACUUAUAAACUGACUGCAUGAGCAAUGAAAAGGCCAAAUUAUUCUGAAUUUUUUUUUGAAUCACUGUAAAAAAACUGAUUUCUUUUGUAUAGAGAACACUAAACGUAUAAUAAAAGUUGUUCAAAAUGUA